UGCAGUGUGGUCUGCCUGAUCACUGGCUGUUUACCAGCACGGCCAGGGAGGUGUUUCCCUAACUCCAGCCUAGGUACUUAAGUUUCUGCACAAAGCGGUGCAGCACCAGUGUCAGUCUGCGGCCGGUUCUGUUGCGCCUAUCUGCUGGGCAGAUCGCUCCUGCACGCGGGGGCUCGUCGUGAACGAUGGAAUUUGAACUCCUUCGAGUGACCGUGAAGUGAGAAAACAGACACUGGACAGACGGGGCUGAGAUGGAUGAGGAGGGAAUGAAUCAAAACGGCAGCAAGUCGCAAGGAGCAGGAGGCCAGGUGCCUGCAACGACUCCCUCAGAGGUGCUGAUGAGGGACUUUGUUUCAGACUGGUCUCCUUUACAUGAUGCAUCUAUCCAUGGGCGUCUGCUUGCUCUGAAGAAGCUCAUCAACCAGGGGAGUGAUGUUAAUCUUGUUACUGCAGACCAUGUGUCUCCUCUCCAUGAAGCCUGCUUAGGUGGUCAUGCUGCUUGUGCCAAUUUCCUAUUAAAGCAUGGUGCUAAGGUGAAUGGGGUUACUGUUGACUGGCACACUCCUUUGUUCAGUGCAUGUGUCAGUGGCAGUGUGGCUUGUUUGAAUUUACUGCUGCAACAUGGGGCCAACCUGCACCCGCCCUGUGACUUGGCAUCCCCCAUCCAUGAAGCUGCUAAGAGAGGUCAUGUGCAGUGUGUUGAGCUCCUCACAACCCAUGGGGUGAACAUAGAUCACAACGUCAACCAUCUGGGUACUCCACUUUAUGUAGCUUGUGAGAACCAACAAGUGGACUGUGCCAGAAAGCUACUUGAGUCAGGUGCAAACGUGAACAUCGGCAAGGGCCUGGAGUCCCCACUGCACGCCGCUGCCAGGAGCUGCAGUGUAGAGCUGGUGAUGCUGCUGAUUGACUUCGGAGCAGACAUUUGGGCAAAGAAUGCUGAAAGCAAAAGGCCGAUGGAGCUGGUUCCACCUGGCAGCCCUUUGGGUCGACUGUUCCUGCAGAAAGAAGGGCCGCUGUCCUUGAUGCAGCUCUGCCGCUUGUGCAUCAGAAGGUGCUUUGGACAUAAGCAGCAUCAGAAAAUAACUGGCCUUCUCCUUCCUGAAGAGCUGAAACGUUUUCUUCUUCAUGUUUAAGCCUUUCAAGUAUAAAAUGGUGCCUUAAUAGCACAGCAAGGUUUGUUGAAGAAAAAUUUCUCACCAGCACUGUUACCAACACCUGAAGUGUUGAUUUGUGAUAGCUACUGGUCCCUGGUAAAGCCCUGGGUCUGAGAAACAUGGGAACAACUAACUUGCUGAGUCCUCAGCAUCACCCCCAGCCAAAGAGUGACUUGAAAAGGAGCUAUUCUGCAUGGCUGUACUGUAGAGCAUAGAAAUGUGUCUCAAGAGCCUCCUAGAAGGGGCAGGAAAUGAGCACCAUCUUUUCAGAUAGACCUCUUGAUUCUCUGAAUCCUGGCACAGUUUCAGAGGGCUCACGGCUGACAAAACCUUACAAAGAAAGUACAUAUCUCAGCACAGCGUGAGCAGCACUUUGUGUACGUUUAAGGAUAGCUCAUUUUUUCAGCAAACAGACUUAGUGCUGCCAUUUGUGAGGUCUGUAUCCACACCACCAUAAGAGUAAGGAAAAGGAACUCAACCUACUUGCAAAGUUGGAUAACACAACUUCUGGAUGCAUGUGUCUGAUACGAGAGGUUAAUUUUUGUGCUGAUCAGACACAGAAAGAAGUUCUGUUGGUCUAUGGACACUAAAUUGUGCCCUAAUGGGACAAAAUGACAAGCACAGAUAGGUCCUUGAAUUCCCUUGUUAUGGGACACGGACCUCUAGAAAUCUUCACUGACCUGACUCAGUUCAUCACACAUUAUCUGAACUAUAUAAUCAUUCACUGGCUGCUUUAAGAUGUCCAUCUCUACUCUUUCCCUCUUAUUGAAGGAGAAAAAUCGACAUUUGUUUUUAUAUUCUGAAAAAAAAAAGUUGUUUAUUAUGGAUGGAUCCUUUUAAAGUCAAUAUCCUGCAUAAGCUGAAUCUCCGUUGAACAGGCAGGGAACAGACAGCUAACCUAGUGCUUAACUUUUUGAAGAUUAGUGUUAAGCGUGAAGAAUCCCUGCAUUGGUGACACAU